AUGGUGCAUGAGAAGAAUGAUGGGAAAGACAAAGACGUGAUCCUUCCACUAAUCCAACAAAAUAGACCUGCUCUGUCAUGGGAAAUGAAGAUCAAGAAAAGGCUGAAAACGGUGCCUCCCUGUCUGGGCAAGUUCAGGCCGACUGUUGGCCAGUGCUGCCACCAGUGCACCCCAGACAGCCUGCGCAAGAAGCUUGGACAAACCUCCUCCCUUGGCUUUCGCAACCUGCUGAGCGUUGACGAGACACACACCAGGUAUCGCGGAUGGCUGGUGCGGAGGGUGUGUUGCGCGCUGUUCGUGAGUGGGUGCAAGGUUUACGCCAGCCCUGUUAGCAACAGACUGGAGAGAGUCUGCCAGAGCAAUAGGGUGAAGGAGGCGCUCACAGCAGCGCACAAAGCGCCCGAAGGGGGAGGCGGCCGAGGGCAGCUCAGCCACCUCUCACCACUCCUCCCCCUCAUUAACAUCUGCAUCUCCCCUGGCUUCUUAAGAUUCCUGAGCUGGGUGAUGCUGAAGAUGUUUUCCUCCCUGUUUUGCAGUGUUCAAGUUAACCUCAACCAUCUGCCGGCUUUGCACAGAGCCUCACAAGAGGGAUCUCUGCUGAUGUAUGUUUAUGUGCGUCAGAGCGCCGCGGACUGUGCUCUCAUCCCUCUGGUGCUCUUCUGUCACAACCUGAGAGUCCCAUACACUGUUUGUCCCCUCCACAUCACCAGCUCCUUCAUAAGAUCAGUUCUGCAGAAAGUCGGAGUGAUCCUCCUUCCGCCUUCUGCAGCGACUGAGCAGGAUGCUGAGAUGGACAGUCUAUAUUCACCCAUCAUGACCUCUCUGGUACAUGAACUGCUACAUGAGGGCCAGGCGAUAAGCGUCGGUGUGUCUGCGGAGUCUGGCCAAGGUGGCCGGUGGCUGGCUCACAUCACACAACUCAUCAAAGAGGGAUCUGUCCCCGAUGUCAGUCUGGUGCCUGUGGGCAUCUCCUACGACUGUGUGCCCGAGACCAACACACAGGUUGGCUUAAGCUCUGUGUUUCAGUGGAUGUGGUCUCUACUCUGGAGGAGACCGGAUGGAAGCGUGAGGGUCCACUUCGCUCAGCCCUUUUCUCUCAAGGAGAUGUGCGAGUCGGGGAGGUGCAGAGUAGAUAAAUGGCUCCCCCUACAGGACCUGUUGCUGCCUGUUAUCCUCAACAACAGGACCGACUGUGUGUUUGGGCGGAGGCGGAUGUCGUGGCUCCUGCCUUCUUCUCAUUAUGCGUCUGAACUCAACGAGCCACCUCAUCAUCCUGAGAGAGACCUCAGCAUCGCUGUCGUCCUCCACCUCAUCUUCUCUGCAGCCUCCUGCACAGCUGUGAUGUCCACCAGUCUGGUGUCAAGUCUUCUGCUGUACAGACACCGCAAGGGUGUGAGCGUCUCGGCCCUGUGUCGUGAUGUGGCCUGGCUCACGGAGGAGCUGCUGUUCAGGAACAAGGACGUGGGUUUCGGGGGAGUUUUGGAGGAGGUGGUCCGCUAUUCCCUCUCCCUGCUCGCCCCUCACCUCAUCGUAGCCGCAGUGCCGUCUCGGAGAGACCCUUCUAUUGUGCCCCGUCCUUCUCUUGCUGCCUCGCUUCACCUCGCCCUCCAGGCCCAGAUUGUCACACACACCUUUAUUUUGGAAGCUGUUGGCGCGUGUGCGGUGUCGGCCAUGCUGUGCGAGGUGGUCUGCAGUGGCGUCAGCAGCAGGGUGAGGAGCGACGGCGUGGAUGGAGAGCAGGUCAACGGGGACAUGGAGUUCAAUGUGGUGCUCUGCCAGUCCGAGCUGACGGAGAGAGCCCUGCAGCUCUGCCAUCUCCUGCCGCCAGGCUUCAUGCCACCCUGUCAGUCGUCCCAGAGUUUUGCUCUGGAUGCAGUUGACAGUCUGGUCCGCUGUGGCAUCCUGACCAUGGAAGAAAUUCCCAGAGACGUUCCCAUCUCUGACUUCUGGAAGAAGGAGGGCGCCCUGACCUGGACCACCUCUGACGACCCUUAUCACAGCGACUCCGACUGUGACAUGGAGGAGCAGGACCUGCGUUCCUACAAGAUAAGCCAGCCGAGUCAGUGUCCAGAGAUGCUCUUCUUCCUCAGCAGUAUGCUAGCUGGUCACAUGAGGGCGCUGUGCUGGGCGACCAGCUGUCUGGACCUCCUGCCCACUCCUCUGCCAGAGGCAGAGUUCGUGGCUCAGAUGCACUCCCAUCUGUGUGACGCAGCAGAUCAGAGGAAGCAGCACUACGAGAGCUGCUCGGAGGAGGCUGCCCACACUGCAGUUAGAUCGCUAAUAGACCUGGGGGUCCUUUCGGAGGAGCGCCGGAGAGGAGGAGGCGUCUUCCUGAGCGUCGGCUCUUUGUUCCAGUCGCCCGAAAACCGUCAGAAACUGCAGCGCUUCAUCUCUCAGUACCUCUUUAAUUAA